CGUCGUCGCUCAUUCGCCAAUUCACAUCAACACAAUGUGAACGUUACGCACUCGUUUGCGAAGCUCGCCACUGAAGUGAAGGCUAAUCGUAAUCGACUGCAGUCGAAACAGUAUGAACGGAAGCUAUCGCAGCUUCGCGAGGAGGACUUCGACUAUGCGAAUGACGACGAUGUCGAAUCGCACUCAGACUACGGUUCCGUAAAAAGUCAUCUGGACGACGACACAAAGGAGAAUAAACCUCUCCGACACCUAAAAGGGUCAACGUCUCCACCGAUCGUGAGGAGCGCCAGCAAGAAGAGAGGCCCUGAACACCCACGGCGCCAUUGCCUGGUCCUUCUGCCCAACACAACGCCAGACCGCAAGGAUUCGUCGUCACUGCUGUUCCUUGAUCGUGUGUACGGUAUUGAUUCGCAGGACAUGCUUUUCCACUUCCUUGAGCAAAGCCUUCUCCUACCAGAUCUCCGAGCUGCUACAAUGAUGGAUUCGGUGUAUCGAAUGAAUCGCCUAAAGUCGCUCACGAAAAACCAACGAGAUGCAGUGUCUGAUUUCUUGGUGGCGAUCACUCGGGAGCUACCUCCAGGCAUGAUGAUCAAGCUACUGCGAAAGGUCAUUGUCGAUAUUCAACAAAUGAGUGAUAUGAACGUGCUAGUCCCUCUACGGCUGAUGACACUACACUAUGAACGCUACAAUAAAUAUUAUGGUAGCGGCAAUCAAUAUGGUGUGGCGACCGAAGUUGAGAAGCGACUUUCGAUGCUUCUGUUCUACGCAAUCUUCGACUCUCUCGGAAGCCGACCGUACGUACAGUACUCUUCUGGACGGUAUCUGACAUGUAUUGCCUUGCCAUGCCUGACAGCAAUCGGAUCAGCUAUCUCUCCGGAUUAUACCCUUACUAGCGGUGGUGAUGAUACCACAAAGCUUAAGGAAAUUGUGGACGAUAGUGGUUGGGUGCCGAAGACUGUCGACGUCUCACGAAUCGAUCUUCCAAGGGAUUUGCAGUCGAUGACUGAAGCAUUCGCUGAACAUUUCCAUGACUCAUGGGCUAGUCGAAAGAUAGAAAAAGGAUGGGUUUAUGGUGACCUGUACUCACGUCAGAAUCUUACACAUCCUCGACUGAAGCCAUACAGCCAGCUCAAAGAAUUCGAGAAAUCUUUCUACAAAGACCGAUGUGCGGAGUGUUUGAAAGCGCUCCUGGCUUGGAACUACACAUUCGAAUUGACCGAUCGGGAUGCUGCCGAUCGGGCGGCCAGCGCUCGUACGCCUUCCGGCACCAGCAUCCAAAACUUUGCUCCAAAACCAGUGGACCUUUCUAGCAUGACUCUUGAA